UUCUUCCAAGAGAACUUGAGGGGAAGGAGAACUUAAGAAAGUUCUUCCAAGAGAACUUCAGGAUGAUCUUAAAUGAAGGAUCACGAAAGUUCUCUGUAGAGUUUGUUCCAGGAAGACGACAAGGAGGUGUUUCCAAAAGCUCUCGAGAAAGAAUCUCUAUGACGUUCUCCACGAGCUAAAGAUGACAAAGUGAUAAAUCCCCGUCGCUAAUGGAGUGUAAAGAAUAGUGACUUGUGAUAAAAAAGAAAGGCUAGAUUGUCACAUUCAAAAAAAUUCCAUUACCGGUAUACCGGGGAAUAUGCCCAACAUGCUAGAGGAAUAUCCCCGCCGGCCAUGCCUUCCUUCCUUUGAGCUCGUCCCGUGAUGGGAGGGCUCGCCUGACAAACCUCUCAUUUCCACGCACGUUUUUCUCUGGAGAUUCCUAGGGUUCCAAUCGAUCAACGCGUUCUCUCUCUUUUCUUUUCUCUUUCUUCGCUGGGCGUCGUGCGCGGUCCAAUCUUCUUCCUUCUGGAGAUUGAUCGCAUCGAAGAACAUCAGCGAGGAGGAAUUUCGCAAGGGAUUUCUCGAAUUUCUUGCUGCUAUCUCUUCCAUCCACAGGGGAAAUCGAUGCGCGUCCAUGAAUAUUAGCUUGCUGGACGACAGAUCGCGGGUCGUUUGCGGGAGAAUCUUGAGCCGGCCCAGGAGCUCUAGCCAUCGCUGGCCACAAUCGCGUUUCUAUGUCUCGGCGGAUUGCAUCGGCAGGGAAUUCAAGCGGGGGAUAGUGUGGAUCGGCCGCGCGGUGUGGAAGAAAUCCAAGCUCUCGAUCACUGCAUGCUGGUCGCCUCGCUCUUUCUCGAAUUCUUCCUCCUCGUCGUCGUCGAUUCCAUACCAUCGGCUAGAGAUCUUCCCCCACGCCACUGCUCACGCGCCCAAGCCCUCCCAGCCGUCGGAUGAUGUGCACGAAUCGUGCGGCCUCAAAGUCGCGUAUGGAGAGGACACUGUGGUGGUCAAGGUUGGCAUUGUGGGAGACUGCCAAACUGGAAAAACAAGCCUCAUGCAAAACUAUGUAGUCGGAGAUAGAAGCAAUGGAGACGAGAGCAUUUUCGGCGUGAAUGCGAUGGACAAAGUUCUUGACAUCCAUGUCGCCAAGAUCGCGCUCAGCAUUUGGGAGCUCGGAGGCUACAAGAAGUCGAUGGUACCAGCUGUUUGCAAUGACGCAGCAGCGAUUUUGAUCCUUUUCGACCUCACUAGACGCACCACUCUCCACAGUGUAAAGCAGUGGUUUAUGCUUGCCCGACAAUGUAACCAGGGCGCAAUUCCAGUUCUAGUUGGCACCAAGUUCGACCAGUUCAUAAAAAUGCCAGAAGGCUUGAAGUCUCUCAUAACUAAGCAGGCACGGCUGUACGCUCAAGCAAUGGGCGCGCCACUGCUCUUCACCAGCACUCCUUACAACAUCAAUGUACAUAAGGUUUUCAAGAUCGUUCUUGCGAGGAUUUUUGACUUGCCUUGUAACAUAUCCAGAAAUCUCACGCCUGGAGAGCCCCUAGUUGUGUACUAGGUAGCCUCCUGACAAGAUUUUGAUCCCUAUUCAACCAUACAUUGUUUUAUAGUCAAUUUUGUUGACCAUUCGACUUUAGUCAACGUAAUUGAGCUUUGUUGAUCUUA